AUGAAGGUCUUAUCUGCCACGCUUGCUCUAUGCGCAGCCUGUGCCUACUGCGCGCCUCAAGAAUCAGGUGAUGAUUCCGGUUGCAUGACGCUCUUGCAGGUGACCCAUGAGCGGAUAAGAUCAAAUUCCACCGACAAACCAGAGAAAGAAACGCUGGCAAGGCCUCUGAUAAAAAAUGGUGUCAGGCGACAUCGAGUUGAGCAUGUACCGAUGCUCUCAGAACAGCCAUUCUGGUGGAUGAUGGCUGGCCUAAUCAUUCUAGUGACCGUUGUGGUGAUCAGGAUGGAGGUCCAAGACCGUCCGUCACAGAUCGAAGUAAACACAGCAGAGAUUGCCGUGGAAAGUCGUGCCGUUGAUGAGAAGAGCGCACAAUCUCCCACUUCCACUGUUGCACGUGCUGAGGCAGAUGCGGCAGAGAUGGAAAUGUUCUACUCACCUGCGAACUUGCAAAAGCUCUGCUUCUGCUUCCUAGCUUUGAACACCUGCAUGAUCCUUUGGGGGAUUGCGCAGGAGUUCAUCAUGACCAAUGUAUACGUUGGAAGGAAUGGUGAGAAUCUGCAGAUCCCAAGCUCUUUGUUCUUGGUGCUGUGCAAUCGAGCAUCGGCAGCAGUGUUCUCAGCGCUCAUCCUUACAAUCAGACAGAAGAGGCUCUUCUUCGAUGGCUGCAUCGACUCGCUCCCUCCCGCAGUGAGCAACAGCCUGGCUUCCUGGUGUCAAUACUCCAGCCUUUCCUACAUCUCGUUUGGAUUGCAAACGACAGCGAAAAGCACUAAGAUUCUUCCGGUAGUCAUUAUUAGCUCUCUGCGAGGGAAGCUUCAUUCCUUGACAGACUACGCCGAGUGCAUCGUGCUGACUGCCUCCUGCUUCGUCUUCGGCCACGAGAGCGAGACGGCCUUUGACAGCAGCACCACGACCACAGGACUCAUACUGCUGGCCAUCUACAUCUUAUGUGACUCGCUGACUCCUCAUCUUCAAGACGUGCUCUUCAUUAAGCACCGGGACAUAGAUGUCGUCCAGGCGACUUUGGCAAUGUCUUGCUUCGCGCUGGGGCUGAUCUGUGCGCAGCUUUUGCUCAGUGGCAGCAUGUUUGCGUCAUUGAGCUUCAUUUGGAACUGUCCAGAGGCGCUGAUGCACAUGCUGGUGCUUUCGCUGGCAUCAACUGUGACGCAGUAUAUGAUAUCCUACACGAUCAAGCAUUUUGGUCCUGUGGUCUACACGCUCAUUGCCUCCACGCGGCAAGUGCUCUCCGUGCUGGUUUCGUGUAUGCUCUUCCAGCACGACAUGUCAGGUCUUAGUCUUGUGGCGAUGCUCAUCAUCUUCUGCACUUUGAUAGUCCGAGCGGUGCGGCCGCUGGCCAAAGACCAUCAGGAGCUGGUGUCCGUGGAGCCAGAUGCCUUUCAGCGCAUACCAAUGUUGAAUUUCUCAGCUAGGCUGUCUCGAUUCUCGCCACUCUUUGUUUGCACGAUGUCCAUACACGUGGUGUACCUGGUAUAUUCGUUGCUGCAGGAGUUCCUGUCCAGCCACACCUUUGAAAGUGACCUGUUCAACUUCCCGUUGACUCUGGUCGCUCUUAGUCACUCGGCCGGUGCCCUGCUGUCACUGGCUGCACUCUUCGGUGGUGGACACCAAAUCACUGUGCCAGGCAUGGUUGGCACGCUCCUCCCGGCUACUACAGACUUGGUGGCUACGUCCCUCCAGCAUGCGGCACUGUAUCUAAUGUUCUUCCCAGCGCAAUCUCUGAUGAAAACCCUCAAAGUUCUUCCGGUCAUGCUUGUGGGGAGCUGUUUGCAGAACCGCGUGUACAGCCGCCUGGAUUAUGCUGAAGGCUUUCUUCUGACGUGUUUUGUGGCUUUCUUCGUGUGGGACUUUCAGAUCAAUGAAGCCGAAGAGAGGGAAAAGAAGAUGUCACUUGCUGGAAUUCUGAUGAUGUUUGGCUACCUGAGCGUUGACUCCUUCACGAGCAACUUCCAGGAUCAUCUCUACCAGACAACUGGGCUCGAGCCAGGGCACAUGCUGCUGGGAAUGGAGUCUAUAUCAGCUGCCAUGGCAUGGACACUUACGAUCGUCGCUGGUGAACUCGUGCCAGCUUUCCAGUUCAUAUGCCAGCAUCCAGAGGUGCUCUUUUUCUUGGCGAUCUUUGCCAUGUCAGCGGCCGUGGGAGCGUUCAGCUGCGUGCUGACGGUUCGAUUGUUCGGACCGGCAGUGUUCACUCUCAUUAUGACAUCUCGCGCCAUCAUGAGCCUCUUGCUCUCCGUUAUUUGCUUCCAGCACCAAGUGGCCUGGGAAGAGUGCCUAUGCCUCAUCGUGGUGUCGCUGGUCAUGCUGAUUUCCUCAACUCGUCGGGUAUCAGCACAGCUUCGCCAGCUGGACUUACCUAAAGCUGGGGACCGCCUGACUGAAGGCAGCUAG